AUGCGUUUCUUCGUCGCCAUCCCCUCCAUCCUGGCUCUUGCCUCUGCAGCCCCAGCCUCCGGUGCCUCGAACGCUGCGAGCCUCCAAGACCUUCAGAACAACGCUGCUACCCUCGCCGAGGCCAAGAAGGCUGCUGGAUGUGACUGGCCUUCCUGCGUUGCCUCCCUUUCUGACCAAAGCCACGCUUGCGCAUAUGCAGCUAGCCGGGCAGGACUCGAUUGGUGGGCUGAUAUCGCUUGCCUCUGGUCUGUUGGUGCCAUUACUGCCGUCUGCCAUGUGUGUGCUUAG